AUGAACUCCCUGAACAUAAUCACCUCGCGCGUGUCUCCGCCGCCGAGUCCGGUCGCUUCGCGAUCCAACUCCCUGGGUUCGCUGGGUCUGACGGUUCAAUCCGACGACAACCAGCAUGACGGCGAGAGCGCAGAGAACCAGGGUGACAGCCACGAAGGGGAAACCUUUCCGCUAGAGAAGACCGCAUUUGAGAAGAACAACGAUGGUCAUGGCAUGGAUCUGGCCAGCGAAGCCACGCCGCUAAUAGGGGAAUCGAAAGAUUCUAGCCUAAGGUCGACUUCAUGGCACUCCUUGCCUCGGCGCAUGGCUGUCAGCUUCAUCAAUUCCAUCCGCUGGGUCUUGUCAACUCUUGCCGCCCCUGGAGUAUAUCUCAUCGCCUGCCUCUACGACGACACGGGCGCAUUCUCGCCCUUUUAUCAGCUAAAGAAGCUGUUCGGUUUCGGCGGUAGCAGCAAGAAGUUUGGGAACGAUUUCACCGAAUCGAGCGCCAUGAACGAGAAAUCAGGAAGGCAAGGGAGCGCCGGGUACGGAGGUGUUGCGUAUUCCAGGCCAGUCGGGUCGUCAGGUUCAUCAUCUUCAGGUCUAUCAUCAGAAUCCGAGUCAGACGCAGAUCGCAGACGGCGUGGAUCCACCAGUCGACACUCUCGGUCCAAGUCUUCAGCGGAGGAAAUCGCGCCGGCAAGAAGGUCCAUUCGCAUUAAGUUGCACAGCGACGAUGCACUGCCGACGCGCAAGCAUAGGAAGACGCAGUCUGCUGCUGCACGUCCUAAGGAAUCCGGCGGCUCCGACAUUUCUGCCCAGCUCAAGUCUCCAACGUCUCCCGCCGGCGCACUGACGAGAUAUCCCAAGACGCCGGCUCCUCCCCGACCCUUGAUUCCCCGCCGUCAGCCGUCAUAUCUGAACAUCGAACCGACCGAUCCCAAAUACCAAAAAACCCUUAUCUUGGACCUCGACGAAACUUUGAUCCACAGCAUGUCUAAGGGAGGCCGCAUGAGUACUGGACACAUGGUUGAGGUCAGACUUAAUCAGACGUAUGUGGGCGCCGGAGGUCAGACGUCCAUUGGACCGCAGCAUCCAAUCCUGUACUGGGUCAACAAGCGUCCGCACUGCGAUGAUUUCCUCAGAAGGGUCUGCAAAUGGUACAAUCUCGUGGUGUUCACGGCUAGUGUCCAAGAAUACGCAGACCCCGUUAUCGACUGGUUAGAGGCAGAGCGAAAGUUCUUCUCGGCGCGUUACUACAGACAACACUGCACCUUUAGACAGGGCGCAUUUAUCAAAGAUCUCAGCUCAGUCGAGCCUGAUCUCAGCAAGGUCAUGAUUCUGGACAACAGCCCGUUGAGUUAUAUGUUUCAUCAAGACAAUGCGAUCCCAAUUCAAGGAUGGAUCAACGAUCCGACAGACAAUGAUUUGCUCCACCUGGUGCCACUACUAGAAGGGUUGCAGUACGUGUCGGAUGUGCGGGCGUUGCUUGCCUUAAGAGGAGGGGAAGACGGUCAGCACAUGGCGUAA